CUGACGGCCCCGCCGCGCCCACGGACCGGGCGCGGGCACGGCGCGGCCGCAGCAUGUCGGCCGUCGCCUACGUGGACUUCGUGGCGGCGCAGUGCCUGGUGUCUAUCUCCAACCGCUCGGCCGGGCCGCCCUCCCCCGAGGCGGCGGCGCGGCUGAAGGUGCCGGGGGAGGCUGAGACGGGCCGCGAGAUGCGCGACCCGCGGGACGCCUGGAAGGACUACUGCGCCCUGCUGGCCAUCGCCAAGAGCCUGCUGGAGCUGAACAAGUACCGCCCGCUGCCCGCGCCCUCGGUCUGCAGCGACAGCCUCGAGAGCCCCGACGAGGACGCGGGCUCCGACAGCGACGCGGCCGCUACCUCGCCGUGCUCCGGCCCCGAGCCCGCGCCGCCCUCCCGCCUGCGCGGCGCCGCCGCCGCCGCCGCUCCCAAGGCGAAGCUGGCGGCCGAGAAGCGGCACAAGUGCCCGUACAGCGGCUGCGGCAAGGUGUACGGCAAGUCCUCGCACCUGAAGGCGCACUACCGGGUGCACACAGGCGAGCGGCCGUUCCCCUGCACAUGGCCUGACUGCCUUAAGAAGUUCUCCCGCUCCGACGAGCUCACCCGGCACUACCGCACCCACACCGGUGAGAAGCAGUUCCGGUGCCCUCUCUGUGAGAAGCGCUUCAUGCGGAGCGACCACCUGACAAAGCACGCUCGCCGCCACACCGAGUUCCACCCCAGCAUGAUCAAGCGAUCCAAAAAGUCCAGCUCUGGUUCCUCGUGAAGGCAGAGCUGGCCCAGGAAGGGGAGCGGGGCGCGAGAGCCACGGCUGUGGCCCGGAGAGCAGCGGCAGAGGAGGCCCCCGCUCACCAUCAGGAAGCACAUGUAGCUGAUGUCCAAAACCUAAGCACUCGGCGUGCUCCGCUCCUGCUCUCCAGUGCUGGCUGGGAACAGCCAUCUUGAUGAAGGGGAUAGCGGCAAGAGGGAAGGACGGGAACACCGCCCUGCCCAGCCUGUCGCAUUCGGACUGGCAUACGUAUGUCCCUCGGGACAGUCCGGCCAGUGACACCACAGUAGCGUGACUCCGAGGUCUUUGUGAUUGCUGUGUCAUGAACAUGUUUUGUUGAACAAUGUAAUGCUGCUUGUGUUUAGAGUCUGUCAAGUAAAACCACUUUCCGAGUCACAUAAGUAAUUCUCAGAUAUAAACUCCAUAGCACAUUGUAGAAGUGGGUUUACUUCUAUCUCAGAACGAUCCUUCAUUUUAAAAGACUGUUAAGAGAAACAUUACAUGUGUUACUAAUAGCAUCUGAUUGAUAUUCUGAAAUAAGGUGAAUUUAUACUCAAGAAGACCUGUGAAACUAACCGGGUCUUUUUAAUUUUUCUUUGUAUUAACUAUACUUUUGAAUAUAAGCUGCACUUUUCCAGUAAAAACAUGUGUAAUUCAAGCAGAUACUUACAGCAAAAAAACAAAAAACACCAACACACAACAACUCAGUCAUUUUCUGACCAUACGUGUAUUUAGCUCUGUUAUCCGUUUACCUGGAAAAAUACAAGUCAGCCUACAUAAUGUGGCGGGGAGGAUGAGGGCAGAAACAUACGUCUCUCAAUUGAUCUAUCUUUUCAUUUGUCAAUAAAUACAGUACUGUACUAUAGAAAUGCCACUAACAGUGCUUUAUUCUGCUGUGUUUCGUUUGAAUGGAUGCAUAACAGCAGCUACCACCUUUAUAAAUUGCUGCUUUUUUACAGGCUUUUUCUCUUCAUACACUUGCCUUAAAGAUUUAUUCUCUUCAUACACGUGCCUAACUCCUGCCACAUCCAAUGGGAGUUCCAUGUGCUUAUGGAGAGAGUAGACCUUUCCUUAAGAGAGCUCUGCUGAUGGAAACAGCUGAAUUUAUUGCAAAGAGCGCUUCAAAAGGGCUCCUGUAUCUCUUGAUCGCUGUUUCUGUAGAGUAUGAGGGAAAACCAUGAGCUAAUUGGAAAUACAACACAGAAGGUGUGUCCUAAUGUUCCUUCUGGCAUCAGCUUCCCUGGGUACCGUGCAAUCGUACCUGUGUCAUACGUGACACAUCCAAUACUGAUCAAGGCAAUACUACUUUUAGUUUAGAGCUGCAUUUUGCUCUCCACAAGGAGCAAAAUGAUCACUGAAGGGAAACUUCCAAAUCAUUAUAAUUUUCUGUGCAUUUCAUCUUUUUUCUUUAUGUUAAAAGCAUGAACCAUACAAGGUUAUUGGUGUUGAUUUUGUUGUUUUGUUUUUGUUUCUUUUCCCCUCCCCAGCUACUUGUAGGGGGGAGAAUUAUGUUUACACAUUAUUUCUUCCAGAAUCAUUCUUUUCCUGUUCUGUUUUUACUCCUUCCUCCAGAAGAGGAAGGGGAGGUGCAGCCCUGCUAUAGAGACUUAGGGCCCAAUUCAUCUCGGGAGUAAUCACACUGAAGUCUGAAGUGUUUCCACUGCAGAUGAAUUUAGGUCAUCUUGUAAAAUUCUGUACAUAAAGAUCCUGUUAGUACACCUGCAGUUACAGUAUCUUAUUGUUUUACCUGAUAAAAAAGCUUGCUUCCUAGAAACAGAUGUUAAGAAAUGAACUCAGAGAGUAGAGUAUUUUCUUCUACAGUUGUAUAAGGCUUUCAGCAUUAGAAAUCAGUUUGCAUAUAGUGUUUUUACCUGUGUAGUUCUUGAUAAAUUCCGUCUAUGUGAAGAGAACUGCUUUUAAGGCAUUAGGGAUACUGAGCAGCCUGUGGAGUAAAAGGGAUGUGUUUUCUUCAGUGAAGACAUCAGGAAACCAAGCACACUUUCUACCUCCGUUUCAGCUUUGUGAAACAUUUGUUUUAGAAACCAAACUUUAAUUUCUGGUGUCCAAAUUGAGUUGUAGGAAUGUAUGUUCUUCCUAACAAACAGAGGCAGCCUCGGUUAUUUCUACUGGUCUAGGAAUACAGAAAUCAUUCUGCUUACCAGUACUGUUAACGCUGCCUUCUUGAGUGGUGUCAGGGCCAUGCGUCACCCAGUGAGAUCCAGUGGAGCGUGCGUUCAUUUUCCGUCUUCUCUGUGAAGAUCAUAGUAAGCUUUUGAGCCUGCCCCACAGUCUGGGUUGUUGCAGUUUUGUAGGACAAAGGCAGUAAUCUUAAGGCCUGAUCCUGUGAAGUACAGAACACCCUCACGUGCUGUCAACCACAAUGGGAAGCCACAUCCGAUAAGCAGCUCCUAAACCAAUAUGCAAGUGUUUUGGUCACUUAGUUACCUACACAUGAAAGUAAAUGGCCAGAUUCAUGGAUCCCAGCUUCAAAAUUUGGGGUAGAAUGCACAUCUAAGGAAACGUCGUCAUUAUUUCUUCCAUUUCCAAAAGAAUUAAUGGGGGAGGGGAAGGUACCUAGGUCCACAGAAGAA